AUGGAAACUAAAAGAAAACGUAACAGGAUACCGCAAUCAUGCUCUUUGUGUCGCUCUAGAAAGAAGAAAUGUGAUAAGAGGCGGCCUGUAUGUACUUAUUGUCUUCAACAUGGUUAUUCGUCGAGAUGUCAUUAUGAGUCUGAAGGUCAAUAUAAUACUAUUUCGCCACCAUACCCUGAUCUUUCUGAGACGUCAUCUUCUGGAAUGUCACAGAUACGUUCUCAAGUGUCUCAUUUGAAAGAUCAUAUCCACAGAUUGGAAUUACUAUUAGAGCAAAAAAGCCCUCCUGAGUUUGAUAACAAGAGUACCAGCUGCCUUCCGAGCUCCGCGAAACAUGAUCGAUUCGGCCAAAAUUUUGAAUAUAGUGGCUAUGAAAUUCCAAACGCUAUGAUUGAUGGAGAGGCCAGAUAUGACUUUUUCACCGGCAAAGUUUUCAUUUCUGUUGGUUCAAACUCGCUAAUUCUGCACAAACCCCUUCACCGGGCGGCACUAUUUGCCAAUGACCAGUUCUACGUCUCUUCCGCAUGUCACAUCAACGGAUUUUAUAAGCAUUUAAAACAAUUUUCAAAAGAAAAUACUCUCAAUAAAGAUUUGACAAUACUAAUUUCUCCAUUGCCAGAAAAGCUCAACGAGAAGUUCAAAUCGGGGAAAUUUAGAUUUAUCAUUAAUAUGGCGUUGCUGAAGACAAGUGCGCUUUUGGAAUACAAUCUAAAGAUUCUAACUAGCUUGAAUAUGGCAAGACAGAAUAUAAAUUAUUUCCCUUCUUAUAGGGAGACAUUUUCCAAUGAAAACUCAAGAGCUUCUCUCAUACAAGACAUAGAGAGAUUACUACCGGAAAAACCAGCACAUUUAAGGUACCUUUGGAAUAUUUUUGAGAGAUAUGUUCAUCCUUUCAUUCCAAUUUUAGACUUACAUUGCUUUAAACGGGAUAUUGAGUUAAUAGUUGUGGGGCUUUAUAUAGGUCAAGAACGCUCUGACUUUGGGGCUUCACACUUUUCCGAGACUCGAAGGUGUAAUAUUUCGUUGACUUCCUUCAUUGACUUUGGCGUGCUUGCUUCAUUUUUAAUAAUCUUGAGAAUUAGUUACUGUGUUCUUAAAUCUAAUUUCCAAGUAGCUACCCCAUCAAAUCCAAUAGAGCUCGAAAUGGUAAAUAUAGACAACUUACAGUAUAUCGGGAAUGACUAUAUCACUCUAGCGUCUAUAUGUUUAUCUCAAGCGAAAUAUUUGACUAAAUCUAGUAUCACUUCCAUGAAUGCAAAUAUUUUAGUGGCAUACUACUUUGGAAUGGCAGAAGAGCAUGGCUCACUCUACGAAACAGAGCGAGUAAAUUUACUAAGUACCAUUCAUGGCCUUUCCAAAUCGAUAGGGCUAGGCAGAGACUGGUCGAACAUGUCUUUUGGUGAACUGGGAACUCAACCAGGUGUUGAUUUUCAGCAUAGGGAAAAGCUAGUUUAUAUUUCUAGAAGGACUUUUCACAGUAUAAUGAGAUUAAAUGUUGAGGAAUUUGUACUAAGUGGGGUGGCAUCAAACAUUGGGCUAAAUAGAGGCACACUUGUUGACUUACCAAUAAGACCAAAAUAUUCUGACUCUGAAAAUGACAUAAAAUUUAUUAAUGAGCUACUGGUGGCGGAGGAGUUGCAAUUCGAUUUGUUAGUUGAUUUUGAUUACGUGAAACAGGAUGAGAUACAUCGAUUAUUAUUAAAGUUCGAGACUUUAAUCCAUGACAAUAAUAGCGUAAAUCUAACAGAAGUUUCCUCAUUAUAUAAUAUUUACAAGAACUAUAUUUCCUCAGAAUUUGGAGACCCGUGUGAAUAUUUCAAGGAUUGGGAAAAUUUUACCUCUUUCUUUUGUGCAAGAUCGGACUCUUCGAGCUGGAUAAUUAAGUUAGAGAGUUCGUAUUUAAUUGUGCUCAAUAAAAUAUUGCAACUCAGGCGAUUUCUUACAAUAAUUAUUAUCCAAGUCAAGCUAAUUAUUAUUCUAAUAAAUUAUUAUGAAGAAAAACAAAAUCAACAGUUAUACUCCUAUUGUUUAAAAGAAUUGUUCAAGCUCAGUCGAACUAGUACAAAUAUUUUUGCUCGAGAUUUUUCUAUACAAAAUGAUGUGUUUUUGGAUAUUGAAAGUGACGAGAACUUCAAGAAUUUUAAUUAUAGAAUUCUCCCACUACUAGGAAGGUUAAUUAUUCUAGUGCUAUCUGUGUUUGGCAGCUUAAUUUUUCGGUCUCUAGUUUCUAUCUUUCUUCUUAAAUAUCAAAUCACUCAGAUUUCCAAAAAUGUGGAUCCUGCUAUGAAUGGGUUAUCUGAAUCUCUUGUGUAUAAGUUGGGGUAUCUUAUGGAAUUCAAGAAUACCUUGAUGAAGAAUUUUGAGGUUCUUAAUAAAGCAUAUUUCCAGAAAAGUGUUCGAUUAUAUUAUGGUGAUACGAAAGUGAACCUUUCUUUUAUGUUGGCAUUUGAUGAAUUCAGACGUCUUAAUAAUUUGCAGGAAAAAAAUGAUGAUAUUACUGGUGCUGAGCUCUUUGGAUUCAUAUUUGAUAUAAGAAAUGACCAGGAAUCAGGAAAGCCCAAUGAUUAUACAAAAAACAUGCCUGAUCUUGUUGGUGAUAAUGAAGGCUUUCUAAGGAACUAUCGUGCCUCUAUUGGUUUUAAAUUCGAACCUCGUCCAAUACCAAACAAGUGCCUCCUACUAGAGGUUCACUCUUUCCAAUUUAAGGAAUAUCUUGAAAUUUUAUCGCAUGAUGACGAAUCUCACGAAAAUAAUAAAUCUAAAGGACCUACUUCUUCAAACAUGGAUUCCAGCGAAACUAGAGCUUCUCAUUCAGAAAAUUCAUGCGGUUUUAUUGAUCGGCUAUUGAACCUGGUUAGAGGAAACGACAUAUAUGAGACUAUGGACGAGCUCACAAGACCAGAAAUAACCAUGAAUGGGGAACCUAAAGAGUACAGGCAUAAGCCUUAA